CCGCCACAACGCGGCCUGCUGGCCAGUCCGCCAGUCCGCCCCGCAGGCCACACCAGUCCUAGGCCAGACCACGCCGCCACCAGUCGCACCGGAACCGGUCUGAGAGCGUCGCGCCGCCGCGCCGCCCCAACCCGCUGCACCCGCGAUAAGCAGUACGACGCGCAGCACGACGGGCGGCCGCCGCCGACACAUGGCGCGAGAGCGGCGGUGACUCCAAGACCCUCCCCCGCACAACGCAUCCCGGUCGCCGCCAUGGGGGCCCGGAAGAAGGAGCCCACAGCCUGGUGCUGGCUGUGCUGGCCUACUGGCAUGGGACUGUGCCAAGUUGGGCAUCCACGACAGCCAUGUCGAGCAAAUAGGCAGCCGCAUAGAUCCUGCAAGACACCAAGAGCGGCUUUUAACGCGAGCUGAACACGCCACCGCAAAAAUGGGCGACCGAGGGACUGGCAGAACGCAGCGAGAUUCCAAGACGGGCAAGAAGCACAAGCGGCAGCCCAACCAGCACCCCAACGACGACAACAACAACAACAACAACAGUAGCAAUGAGGACCCCGACGACCCGAACUGGGACUUGCAGGGGAGGCCCUAUAGAGUCAAGAUUUCACCCAUCAUGGGUCGGUACUUGGUGGCCGCGACGGACGUGGCCGCCGGAGACCUCAUCCUGCGCGAGGACGCCCUGGUGGCGGGGCCCUGCCAGAACGCCAAGCCCGUUUGCCUCGGCUGCCUCAAGCCCUUCGAUGGCGAAAACUACAUUAGGUCCUCUGAGAGUGAAGACUGUCAUAGGUGCAUGGGGUGCCAGUGGCCCAUGUGCAGCCCGGCGUGCCCGGGGCUGCAGGACGCCAAGGGCCUCACGGGCCACACGGACGAGGAGUGCGCCGCGCUGUCCGCCGCGGGGCCGUCGGGGCGGCGCGUCAUGAACCUGCAGGCCCGCACCCCGCUCUACAACGUCAUCGUGCCGCUGCGCAUCCUGCUGCUCGAGAAGCAGGACCCCGUCCGCUGGAAGGCCGUGCAGAGGAUGCAGUCCCACGACGAGGUGCGGCGGAAAAUAGCGUCGGUGUGGCAGGCCAACCAGCUGGGCGUGGUGGACCGGAUCCGCGGCGAGUUCGGCCUGCAGCACUUCUCCGAGGAGGAGAUCCACAGCGUGUGCGGCAUCCUGGAGGUGAACGCGUUCGAGGUGGGCGACGGCCUGCGCGGCCUGUACGACAGGGCGUUCCUGCUGGCCCACGACUGCACCCCCAACACGUCGCACGCCGACGACGAGACGCGCGCGCUGGCCGUGCGGGCGUCCGUCGACAUCCCCAAGGGCAGCCUCAUCACCCUGAGCUACGCCUACACCAUCCAGGGCACGCUCAAGCGCCGCGAGCACCUCAAGGAGAGCAAGUUCUUCGACUGCUGCUGCCCGCGGUGCUCCGACCCCACCGAGCUGGGCACCAUGUGCUCGGCGCUCGUGUGCCCGCGCUGCGGCCGGCCCGCCGUGCUGCCCGUGGACCCCCUCAAGGCGGACUCGCCCUGGCGCUGCUCCGCCGGCCUGGCGGACGCCACGCCCUGGCCCGCCGUCAAGCAGGCCGUCAAGCAGGCCGCGCUGCCGGCCGCCCCCUGCCCGGGCUACGAGAUGCCGGCAGCGCAGGCCAGGGAGCUCAUCGACAAGCUGACGGACGAGGCCGAGGCGAUAGACCCCAACGACGUGGCCGGCCUGGAGGCCUUCGUGGCCAAGUACUCCCCCAGGCUGCACCCCAACCACUACCACCUGCUGGGCGCCAAGCACUCGCUGUCCCAGGUGUACGGCAAGGUGCAUGGCUACCUCAUCCACCAGCUGCCCGACGACCUGCUCGAGAGGAAGCUCAACAUCUGCAAGGACAUCCUCAGGGUCUUCGACAUCCUCGAGCCGGGCGUGUCUCGACUAAGAGGGAUCACUCUGUACGAGCUGCACGCGCCCAUCAUGAUCCUGACGACCAGGCACUUCGAGGCUCGCAGCAUCUCCCGCAAGGACCUGCGCUUGCGACUCCGCGAGGUGGCGGCGUGCCUGGAGCAGGCCGCCCACAUCCUGAGCUUCGAGCCGGAGUGCUCGUCCGAGGGAGCCAUGGGCCGCGCCGCCCAGGAGGCCCUGCAGAGAGUGCGCCAGUGGCAGUGAGCCCAGCCCGAGCCGGACUUCGGGCAGGGAGUGAGGUGCUGCACGACAUGGGCUUUGCGUGUCCAGGACUUGCAGUGGCAAGCGUUGUUGGUGUAGCGGGCACCGCCCGCACCCCAGUGGCAUUCAAGAGGCCGUCGUUCGAGGGUUGUUGCCUCUCGUCACCUUCCAACCCCAAAAGAACUGAAUGGAUGUAUGUUAAGAAAAUGUGUCAAUCCCAUUAAAGAUUCGUUUUUUUUUUAA